CGCGAGAGCCUCCACGGGAACCACCGCGCGCGCCACCGCGCCCUCUUGAGAAAGCCAUGUUGCUGGUCGCUGCUUUGAUUGUGCUUGAACGGGCGUCUGUCACAGCGUGGCGCUGUCAAUUCAAACUAUGCGGCCCCUUCUCCGAGUGAAAAUCAGCCAGCGAACCUCGAAAAUCCAGGGAAGUUUAGUCUUAGUUGUUGCCGGCAUGCAGUGCUCCUCCAGAAAAUAAAUAUUAGCGUCCGUGCUAGCGAGACCGCCGCACCUGGCAGGAACAAUACAAUUUCUGCCCCACCACCAACACGCCCUCAACGCUCCCGACGGCCUCGCAUAACCCACGGCACCGCCCAGCGCACCUUCCGCCAUCAUGUCCGAGAACGACUCCUUCCUCCACCUCGCCCGCCCGCUCGGCCCUGCCCCCGUCGGCGCGCAGCCCUCGACGGCCCCGCUGAACGUCGUCGUCCAGCCCCAGGCCAUCUUCUCCAUUCUCGACCACUCCCUGCGCCGCCCCGCCGACCAGGAGCGCGUCAUCGGCACGCUGCUGGGCACCCGCAGCGAAGACGGCACGGAGAUCGAGAUCCGCAACUGCUAUGCCGUCCCCCACACCGAGACGGCCGAGCAGGUCGAGGUCGACAUGGACUACCAGAAGCAGAUGCUCGCCCUGCACCUCCGCGCCAACCCCCGCGAGGUCCUCGUCGGCUGGUACGCCACCAGCAGCGACCUGAACACCUUCUCCGCCCUCAUCCAGAACUUCUACAGCCAGCAAGGCGACGGCACAUGGCCCCACCCCGCAGUCCACCUGACUGUCUCCACAGAGCCCGGCAAGGAGAUCGAGUCGCGGACAUACAUCUCCGCCCCCAUUGGUGUCACUGCUGAGCGCGCCGCCGACUCGUGCCUGUUCAUUCCCGUGCCCCACGAGAUCAAGUACGGCGAGGCCGAGAAGUCUGGCCUGGAGCUUGUCUCCGGCGCCAAGAACCGCGAGGACAGGAUACAGGAGAUUGGAACCGACCUCGACCAGCUGGAGAUUGCCAUCAAGCACGUCCUGGACAUGCUCGAGCGCGUCUCAAACUACGUUAACAACGUUCUCGACGAGGAGGCAGAGCCUUCGUCUGCGCUGGGCCAGUUCUUGAUGAACGCCCUCAGCCUGGCACCCAAGGUCGACGCUGCUGAUAUUGAGCGUGACUUCAACGCACACAUCCAGGAUGUCCUCGUCGUCUCCUACCUCGCCAACACCAUCCGCACCCAGAUCGAUCUCUCGAACCGUCUGGCAACCGCAGCGCUUACUCUCGGUGGCGGCGACGCGCUUGCUGGCGACAACCAGAAGGAGGGCGGCGACAGGAAACAGGGCGGCAGGGGCGGAAGGGACGGCGGCAAGGGCAGGCAGCAAAGGCAACAGGAGGCCUGAACAUGAUUUAUGAUGCAUUCUUA